AUGGAUCUGAACGUGUGUUCGCGUCGAGUCCACGACGGGUACGCGACCAUCAGGUCGAGAGGUCGUAACCGGCCUCGGGCGGUCUACAGAUCGGACUCGGAGGAGCUGCUCAAGGAAUCAGGCGGUCCGUACGCGCUUCCACGGCUCUCGAACUUCCCGAUCGCCUCGGGCGAUUUGCAUCAGGUUGCCAGAUGGUCGGACUUCACGAAAGACUGCCUGUUGAUCGAGAACUACGGUACCCUACGGGGCACGAAGAAAACGAAUCCGUUGGACGAACGUAAAACGGUGACGUUGAACACGUUCAGCAAGGUCGAGCAAGGUCCGAGGCACGGGUGCGUCCAGGUGAACGGUCAAGGACAGGUGAACGCGUUAUACGUUGGCAGAGAGACCGAGAGAGGACACGAGUUUUCCUCGCAGAAUGGCGCCGUUGAGGACUGCCUCUACGACACUGUGCCUCUGGACGAUUGCCAGAAGGCUGACUUGCGUUCUUUCAGAUCGCAAAACAUUGUCCUGGAUGGGAAGGAUCGAAUGAAUGGGUCAGCUCAGGUGGCUGAUCCCUUUGGGGCAGUUGGAGUAAUCGAUCCCAGUUCGAGGAAAUCGAAGGAUAUCGAAGAGUUUCUGAAUGAUUCGGAUCAGAAGAUGAACAGUGAUGCUAGAUGCCUUGUUGUUGAUAGAAGGAUCGGUGGAAUGAAAGACAGACAACCGAUCUAUGCUGUUCCGAGUAGCUUGUCGAAGUCCAGGCGAGAUCGUCGAAUCGUGAUCGUUGAUGGUAAUUAUGUACCAAGCGGUGAUUUGUACCGUACCACGGCUAAGUAUAUAGAGGAUAUCAAUAAAAACAUCGCGGAGAUCGACAAGAGUUACGAGGAGCUGAAGUCCUCGAAUUCGAAGAACUCCGCCUAUGGAGUGAUCAAUAAGAUCGCUAAAGGCGAGCUGCUCGAUCGAUCCUGCAAUCUCUACGGCUACGCGAGGAAAAGGGACAUGGCGCCGAUGCCGCCUAUAUCCUCCGAUUUCUGCGAAAACCUCGUCGAGAAAACGGAGAAACAGUUGGACGUCGACGAGAAAAUGGAAAUUGCGAGAAAUUUCACGAUCCCGAGGAACAGGCUCGGAAAGAUUCCACCGAAGUUGCUCCCUAGAUCGUCCUCGAUCGACAGCACUUCUAGACACUCGACAGGCUCCACGACAACGUCAUCGACGAAGUCCACAGAGUCCCUAUACGCGAUCAGCGAAUCAUUAGCUAGCGAAAUCCAGCGAACAGACGAUUCGAAAGUGGGUAGCCUGUUGAGUAACAUUUCCAAAAACUGCCUGAAUCUGGUCAGCACAGAGGGGUCCGACGAGCUAGAGUCGAAAGACGACAUGUCCUCCACGGAUGACGACAGACCAACCCCGAUUCGAUCUGUGGAUCGAUUGCCUGUCACCGGUUCGAUUCGCAAGAAUCGUUCCAGAGUAGACACCAUAGAAAGAUCGUACCCGAAAAAGAGCCAGCUUUCACCUAGUCCUAACUAUGACGGUCUCCAUCAUCAGAACGGUCAGCUCGACCGAAGGAUAUUGGGUAACUUGCAUCUAGAAGCAAGGGAACCUAGUGAUUACCCAAAGAGAAGGUACGAUACACUACCUUCGAGAAGAUCGAGGGUAGUAUCCUCGAGGCCUCUUCACAAGUCCAGCGAAGACGUGCUCGACGGUGAACGACCUGUUCGAUCCUCAUCUCUGAACCGAUCCUGCGCCAGCGAUCUGGACAUCAGCGCUGGAAAUGACGAACCGUCCAGCUCGAACGUCCUCUUCGCUAAGCCACUCUAUCUAAUGGACGCCACGGAUAUUAUUCUGCAUGGACGGUUUGACAGAACAACUGGUCGUGGUUUCCAACGGCAAGAACAUUUCCCAAGGUCCAAUCGGACCAGACACGAUUCCCUGGAGUCGGAACCAGAGGACAAAGGCGGUGGCGACGAUUACUGUCGGCCGAACGGCUUCGCCACUUUGCCCAGACGGGGAAAUCUCGCGAAGGAUCAGGCUAAUGAUCCGCUCAGACGGCUGUCCGGCAACGUACCGAUCUUAGAGCCCCUCUACGAGCAUGCGGUCAGCGAUCCAGUUAAACCGAGGAGCGCCGCGAACGUCAUUCCCUGGUGGGAACUCGCGACUAGGAAGUACAGGCACCGUAGUUGCCCGUCGUUGCAGGCUCAUGUGGUGUCGGCCUUCGAGCAGUCCCUGUCCAACAUGACACAACGGCUGCAACAACUGACUGCAACGGCUGAAAAGAAAGAUUCUGAGCUGCAGGAGCUGAGGGAGACGAUCGAAAGGCUUCGGAAGCAAAGCGCUGAGGCUGGUCUGAACAGUGGACCGACAGCGAACAAUGGUCGCCGCCAUACUCUGGGCGAUUCCGAUUCCGGGACGACCGGAUGCACCGGGAACAGCAGUCAUCAGGGUGCUUCGAUGGCGCGACAGUUGUCAGCGGACAGCGUCACGUCGUUGAACUCGUUGAGCAGCGCUUGCUCGGCCAGCAGCCAUCACAAGAAGAAGGGCUGGCUACGCAGCUCGUUCUCCAAGGCGUUCUCGAGGUCGCGGAAAAACAGACACGGGUCCGUUUCUGACGCGGAGGAUUGCAAGGAGAGCGCCGGUGGCGACCUCAGCGCGCCAAACAGUCCCAGACUGCCAACCGCGGCCAAACACGACACGGCCAAGAGCCAGGGCCCGAGGAGCAACGGACAAAAAUCACCGGAUGUCGAGAACCCGUUGACCGGGAGCAAGAGCAGUUCAGCCUUGUAUAAGAAAGAGGACGAGGAUGUGGUCGAGCUGAAGAAGCAGCUCAGGGAGAAGGACCUGGUGCUGACUGAUAUCAGAUUGGAGGCUCUGUCGUCGGCCCAUCAGUUGGAGUCCUUGAAGGAUACGGUCAUAAAGAUGAGGAACGAGAUGCUGAAUUUGAAGCAGAAUAAUGAACGUCUCCAGAGAUUGGUGACCUCGAAAUCAUUGACAUCGUCGCAGUCGUCGCUGCCCAGCGACCCGGACAGGCGUUUCAGCAUGACGGAAGUGGCCUCGACCGUUGCCGCGUUGGCGAACGGCGACGCCAGUUCGGCGGCAGAUCAACUGGAAAAUUUGAAUGUACCGGAGCAUCCAGUGGUGCCGUCGACCACCUCGACAACCGGUGAACCAACGAUGGAGCAGGACACAGACGGGAAGAGAAUCAACGUGGCUAUCUAUCUCGGCAGCGAGAAGAACUUCAAUUAUAAUCUAGUAACCGGAAGCACAUCAGACGGUAGUAUCGGUGAGCCGCCUCACUGUAUCAUCGCGAGUGUUUGCAUCAGCAACAAGACCACUUGGGACGCUCUGGAUUCGACGGUGAGACGUUGUUUCAAGGAGUACGUUACAAGAGUCGAUCCUGUAACGAAUCUUGGUCUGGGCGUGGAAUGUGUCGCCGCCUAUCACCUUGGCGAAGCUUCACGAUGCACCACGGAUUCGCAGCAUCCAGAACUACUUCCCUGCGGAUAUCUGAUCGGCCACGUGAAAACUAUCUACCUGGUGCUCUCCGGUUACUCGUGGCUUGCCGUAGACACCCUAAUACCACGGUCGAUCGUGCAACGGCUGAUAUCUCUGCUGACUGAGCAUCGCAGAGUCAUUCUUUGCGGACCAAGUGGCACCGGGAAGAGUUAUCUGGCCGGAAAGUUGGCGCACGCCUUGGUAGAUACCGACAACGAUGCAAAAGAUGCGGCAGCGGUCGCCACAUUCAACGUCGACCACAAGUCCAGUAAAGAGCUCAGGCAAUAUCUCGCGCACAUCGCCGAAAGAUGCGACUCGAACGCAGCCGACGAGUUGCCAAGGGUUAUCAUUCUAGAGAACCUGCAACACGCUGCAUCCUUGGGAGAAUUGUUCAGCGGGCUACUCGGUACCAGACACUCGUCAUGCCCGGCUAUCAUAGGGACGAUGAGCCAGGCGACUUGUAGCACGACGAAUCUUCAGUUACAUCACAACUUCAGGUGGGUGCUCUGCGCUAACCACAUGGAACCAGUUAAAGGGUUCUUGGGCCGUUAUCUCAGGCGGAAGUUGCUGGAACACGAGCUACGCGAGUGUGGCGGGGCCAGGAAUGCAGAAAUGGCGGCGGUGGUUGAGUGGUUACCUCGGGUUUGGUUGCAUCUCAACAAGUUCCUAGAAACUCAUAGUAGCUCCGACGUGACCAUAGGGCCACGACUGUUUUUGUCCUGUCCGAUGGAAGUAACUGGUUCCCAGGUAUGGUUCACAGACCUGUGGAACUACUCCGUGAUCCCAUAUUUGAUAGAAGCAGUCAGAGAAGGAUUAACACUCUAUGGCAGACGCGUGAUUGGUAAUGGAAAUGGCGACACCCCAUGGGAAGAUCCAGCCCAAUUUAUCACCUCGAGUUAUCCGUGGAUUUCUACCCACGCGGUACACGGCGGCAGCGACGCUCUCACCUCUGGACACACUUCCGGGGUCGGCGGGUCCAGCGUGAAAAGCCUCGGCAGCACGCACAGUGACACCGAAGGCGAUCCACUGCUGAACAUGCUAAUGAGACUACAGGAAGCAGCUAAUUAUUCGAGUCCUCAUAGCAACGACAGUGACUCGGUCACCUCCCUCGAUUCGUCCCACACUCGACACUCGGAGGAUUUGAGUUCAUCGACAUCGUCGUCCAGAGGUGUGGAAUCGGCGCUUUAACUUGACAAUUACACAGAGAAAAUUUCUAAAAGCGAUCGUGCAUGAGGCCAGUUUGUAUCAUCCCAGUCAAAUGAAAGCAAAAAAAAGAAAAGAAAAAGGACAUACAACCGAAUUAGAUAUGCAUACAAAAGUUUCGUAAAAAAAAAGGAAAACGAAUCAAAAGCGUUUAAUAACGUUAAGAAUUAUAAGUACAGAUUUUCUCCUUCUGACUUUUUACGACGAAAAAGAUAUAUCACAUCGAUAGGCGAAACGACACCAAAGUAUCGAUGAAGACGCUUAAAUAGGUCUUCGGCAAUACGUGAUACGAUUAUUCUACUUUAAAACACGUCGUUCCAUUCGCUCUUAAACGAUAAGGAAACGGUGUGCAUUACAAUGGUAAAUUAGGGAUUAGAAUCUGUCGAGAGAAGUUUUUCAAUGCCUAAAAAUGGCCUAUAUUUAUUCUAGAUUUUUACGUGCGUCAGGCACCUCGGUGUGAUAUGUAAUUAAAAAAAAAAAAAAUUAAAAAAACUAAGUAAGGGACACGCAAGCGACAAUGCCCUGACGUUCUUCGAAUCGAAGGGAUGUAAGAGCGUACGUCAACCGCGCGAUGCAAUAAUUCACUCUGCCGUUACGGAAGUACGAGUCUAUUUUAAACAAGAUAACAUUUCUACGGUCAAAGGUACGAUCCCAAAAUAAGUGUAGUUUCACGCGACUCUUCUCGAGGAAUUUGGAUAGAAUUAUACAGUAUUAUCGUAGGGCGUAAAAACAACAAGAAACUGGCUUCGAACUGAGCCAAGGUUCAUAGGAUCCCCCGGGGAACUGCCAUUCCUCUCGUCCACUACUUUUCAGGUAAUAGCGUAUCAUUAUUCGAUAGACGGAUCUCAUUGGACGAACCGCUCAAAACGGUGUGUGUACUGUCUCGCCUUCAAGAAUGCAAGCGCGCAGUUCGAAGUGAGCAACUGAUGAUGAUGAUGAUGAUGAUGAUGAUAAUGAUGAUGAUGGGUGUGCGUGCAAAGAUAGUCUAUUUAUACAUACUUUGCUACGAAAGCUCUAUUUAAUUAAAGAAAUGUUAAUAUAAUUAUAUGUAUACACACAACCUAACGAUGACGGCGCUAAAUGUAAUGUUUACGGAUAAAGUUUAUAAUUAGCCGGUAAGACAUGUGAGUAAUUUCUGGUCAUGUAACAUUGUAAAUACGAAUGACGAUUGGGAUAUAAGAUGAUGCGCGAUGGUGGGAGUUUUAAUCGAAGGUCCCAACCUGGUAGCCCGCGAAGUGAUCUCUUUUAGACGAGCGGCGUGUAAAGUGUAUAAAAAGAAGAGAUAUGAAAGGCAACGGAAAUAUAAAUCAUCCAUGUGCAAUUCAUUGGGCAGGUAUGUGUGUGUGUCGAACUACCAAAACGAAGGACAGAUUGCAUUACAGACUACACAGACUAUACAUAUUGUACAUGUUUAAGCGAUAGGGGGCUUUUAUGGCCGAUUUACAGAAUUCAAUCGGUGGCACGAUGUCGUCCUGAAUACGAUGUGCAUGUAACGUAACAAUUAUACAGUCGCAUUUACAGGUUUUUUACGUUUGUACCGUAUUUAUACGCUGUACGACACUGCACUCGAUCUUUAUUCAAAUAACGAUAAUUAUUGUGUCAUCAAAUAAAUCACACUAAACUUGAUACGGCUGGUAUCACUCAAUUGUUCUUCUUCAUCCGCUUCUUUUGCCUACUUUAU